GCUCCUCGCUCAUUCAUUCUCGUCACUGCACUCAGUCGGAACGGACGUUUCGUGCGUCCUGUAAAUUUCCGACCAGCUUGCUGCGACCACAUUUCAGAAAACGCAGUUUGGAAAAACGAGCAAAAAUCGCGCAGAUUCGUUUGUGAAACGUCCGAAACUAGUGUUAAUCGUUUGUCCAGAAAAUGUCUGACCGUGAGCACGAUCGGGAUCGCCCGAGGGCGCGUGGAUACACCGAUAGUCACGAGGGACGUGGCAGUUCCAGUGGACAUUCUCGUCCGGCUUAUAGCAGUGAGGGUCGUGACCGUGGCGAAGGACGUGGAAGUCGGGAACACUCCCAGAGUCGUGGCAACGGAAAUGGCGGCGGAGAUCGUGACCGGGAACGGGGAGGAGGCGGCGGUGGCCGUCGGGAAGGUGGUGGAGGUCGCGAUGAGCGAGGUGGCCGUCGAGGACGUCGUCGUACGUACGGGGACACAUUGCGAACCCGUGGAGCGGAUGCCCCGUCCAAGCAUGGAACAACCGGACAGGCGCUCCAAUUACACAGUAAUUACUUCAAGCUGUUGAAACACAUCGAGUGGACGCUGUACCAGUACCGUGUGGACUUUUCGCCUCAAUGCGCGAGUUCCCGGUUGAUGCAGGGUUUGAUCAACGAGCACAAGAAAAUCUUCGGAGGUUUCCUGUUUGAUGGUACCCAGCUGUUUAUGGUCAACAAGCUGCGUAGCGACCAGCUAACCCUGCAGUCCCGUCACGAGCGUACCGGCGAUGUUUACCAGCUGAGAAUUAUCCACACCGGAUCGGUCGACAUGACCAACGAGACCGGUAUUCAAGUGUUGAAUUUGAUUCUGCGUCGUGCGAUGGCCGGUCUGAACCUGCAGCUGGUCGGACGUAAUCUGUUCGACGCUGCGGCCAAGAUCGCCAUCCGCGAGUACCAGAUUGAGCUGUGGCCAGGUUACAUUACCAGUAUCCGUCAGCACGAGCGAGACAUUCUCGUGUGUUGCGAAAUUGCCCACAAAACGAUGCGAAUGCAGACCUGUUACGACAUCCUUCGCGAUUGCCAGAAGCACGAUCGCAACUACAAGGACUCGUUCAAGCGAGCCGUACUCGGCGUGGUCGUCCUGACCGGGUACAACAACAAAACUUACACCAUCAACGACGUCACCUUCGACACCACACCGGAGAGCACCUUCGACACCAAGGCCGGCAAGACGUCCUUCGUGGAGUACUACAAGCAAAAGUACAACAUUCGCAUCCGAGAUCCGCACCAGCCCAUGUUGCUGUCCCGUGCCAAGAAACGCGAUCUGCGCGCCGGAGGUAGCGAGCUGAUGGCCCUCGUGCCGGAACUUUGCCAGAUGACCGGUUUGACCGAUCAGAUGCGAUCGGAUUUCAGAAUGAUGAGAGCGAUGGCGGACCACACCCGUCUCAACCCGGAUCGUCGUAUCGAGCGGUUGGAAACGUUCAACAAGCGCCUGCAAACGUCCCCCGAGAGCAUGGAGGUGUUCAAGACCUGGCAGAUGGAACUGGACCGUCGUCUGGUGGAGGUUCCCGGACGGCUGCUACCCCAGGAGAUGAUCUUCUUCUCGACCACGGCAAACGGCGUUCAGGCCGGUGAGCAGGCCGAUUGGACGGCCCACUUCCGUAACAACCCUAUGUUUGCGACGGUGCGAUUGAACCGUUGGUACUUGAUCGUACCGAAUCGGGCGACCCGCGAGGCCAACGAUUUCCUCGGCUGCAUGAUCCAGGCGGCCCGCGGAAUGCGCUUCGAGAUUAGCAACUGCGAGAUUGUGACCAUUCCGGACGACAACCCGGGCACGUACGUGCGCACCCUGGACAACAUUCUGAACAAGGACCCGCAGCUGAUCAUGUGCGUGGUGACGAACAACAAAGCCGAUCGGUACACGGCGAUCAAGAAGAAGUGUUGCGUCGAUCGCGCCAUUCCAACGCAGGUUAUGGUCCAGAAGACGAUCACGCCGAAGGGAGGUAACGUGCGUACGUUGAUGAGUGUGGCCACGAAGGUCGUCAUCCAGAUGAACUGCAAGCUGGGCGGAGUUCCGUGGAAGGUUAAGAUCCCGUUGAACGGUCUCAUGACCAUUGGUUUCGACGUGUGUCACGACGCCAAGGACAAGUCCAAGUCGUUUGGAGCGAUGGUCGCUACGCUGGAUCACGACAACAAGGGUACGCCCAAGUUCUUCUCGACCGUGAGUCAGCACACGCACGGUGAGGAAAUUUCUAACUACCUCCCGAUCAACACCGUCAAGGCGCUCAACGAGUACCGUAAAGAGUUUGGUGAGCUGCCCAAGCGUAUCAUCUUCUACCGUGAUGGCGUGGGCGAGGGUCAGCUGCACUACAUUUACGAGCACGAGGUCAAAUCCAUCGUGGACAAGCUCAACCAGAUCUACAAAUCGGCUGGCAUCGACCAGGACGUCCUGCUGACGUUCUUCAUCGUGAACAAGCGCAUCAACACGCGCUUCUUCGAUCACCGGCAAAAUCCGAAACCGGGUACCGUGGUCGAUGACAUGGUCACGCUGCCGGAAAGAACCGAUUUCUACCUGGUGUCGCAGUCCGUGCGGCAGGGAACCGUCUCGCCAACCGCCUACAACGUCAUCUACGACACGUCCGGCCUGCGCAUCGACCACCUGCAGAUGCUGUCGUACAAGCAGUGCCACCUGUACUACAACUGGUCCGGAACGACGCGCGUUCCGGCCGUGUGCCAGUACGCGCACAAGCUGUCCUUCCUGGUGGCGCAGUUCCUGCACCAGGCGCCGAGCAAUCUGCUGGAGAAGAAGCUGUUCUUCCUGUAAGCAGCUCGAGCGUUCGUUCGAUGUAAGGUUUAAGCUUUUGACGUAUUCGAUAGGACCUGCAGACUGUCCGGUGGAAACAGACUGGUCGAUCCGGAUCUGUUUGGAUCUAUCAAACAUUGGCCAAUUUGUGAAACUUGACAGUCUGUAAUUACACCCUGUGAGCUCUAGUAGAGAACUGACUUUUUCAGUUAUGAUGAUUCCUUUUAUGGAAUCAGUCCACCCACACGUUUCCUCCGGGUGAUUCGCGCCACAUCCGAAAAGAUCUUCUUUUUACAAAGCCCUAACUGUUAUUUUUUAAGCACACACACCACAAAACACAACACAAAACACAUUGUCGUUGUCGUCGUCUUUGUUGAAAAAAAGUACUUGACAACUCUGUGAACGGAUGAGAGAAUUAAGAAAAAAUCGUCUUUUUUAACACGUUCAGCUUUUAAAUUGUUUAAAGAAAUUGUCCCUCCCCUGUGCUGAGCGCGAGCGCGUCCAAAUUCGUCAAAUUGUGAAAGAAAUACGUCAAAACUA